GAUUGUUUAAAAUGUCAAUUUUUUUGUCCGUUUACGCGUGUUGUUAAUAUUUGAUUAAUUUCGUUGAAGUUAAUAGAAUAUUUUUAUUUUGAUAAGCGUUAAGAGAUGAUUUGUCUUUGGCGUUUUAUAAAAUUUAUAUUGAUACGAAUAGUAUAGAAAAGUAUAAAUGAAAACUAUACUUAAGCUGUCAAUUGUGCAUAGGUUGGUAGUGAGUCACAGCAUUAUCAUUGGAUUUGACGAAGAUAACACAGUGCGACAGAUAAUCUAAGCAACCACUUGCUUUUUGGCAUCCAACUUUUCUGCUGAUCAACAGCAAGUAUAGCACAACAUCACCUAUCCUUUGUUCAGAUGUCCAGGUAUUUUUUCGACGUCACAGGCAUGGCAUCAAGCUCAGUUAGUCAAGAGGAUUUCGAUAAUGACUUCGAAUUAACAUCAAGAAGAUCUAGAAUCCGAACUGCUAGGGCCCGAGUUGGACCACCUAGGACAGGAGAUACAGCUACUAUAACUUUUCAAAAAAGUGCACCAGAUUCCGAAGAAUCACAAGGUAUAUGCGAUUCCAGUUCAAAUAAUGUACUUCCACCGGAACACGAUGGUCAACAAAAUAAACCCAUUAUGAGGAAACAGGACAAGCGUGUGACUGGCCGUGUCUUUAGUGUCGUAUCCUGUUUGCAUAGGCCAACGCAUAUAAACAAGGGAAAGCAGCAACGCGAUCGGCGGAAACUCAGAGAAAAAAGACGAAGUACUGGAGUUGUGCAUUUACCAUCGACAGAGAGUACAGGAGGAAGUACAGGAGAAGAUGAAGAAGAACUCAGUGGUACUUGUCUUGAAACAAAAAAUAAUACACAUCAUAAUGAGUUCCUUGAUCAUGAACUCAUUGAAGAACGGACUGUUAAAAUGUAUACCCAAAGGCGAAAUAAAAGUCACUCAGAUUUAGAAGCAGACGAUGAAGAAUUUGACUCUUUAAACCAGUCAGACAGUGUCAAUCAAUCUGACCACACAAAUCACGAGCCACAAACUUCAUUAAAUAUAACAAAUAGACGAUUACCCACACCUACGGGAGAUAAUCCACAUGAAUUAAUUGAACGUGCUCAAGAAGAAAACAGAAGGCUUUUAUCACUGUUGGAAGACCGUGAUCAUAAAAUAAUGGCACUAGAGGCUCGUAUUUUACAGCAACAACACGAAAUGGCAAUAGAACGAGAACGUCUUCGUGAAGAAAACGCAGCACUGAUUCGGGCGAUGGCAGCUUUAGCAAGCAACUAAUUUUUUUUUCUGCAUGUUAAUCCCAUUCAUUAUCGACCUUUCAAAUUAUUCUAGAAUUUACGCAUAAUUAAUAAACUAAAUAUAAUUCUAGUUUAUAAAGUAAUUAAAAAAGAAAAAA